GAAGAAGAAGAAGUAAGUGCAACUACUUUUAAUUCAAGGUUAUACAAAAAUUAACCAUGACUCAAAUAAAUUAAAGUUGGGUUAUGGAAGUAAAUAUAAAAAAAAUCAAUGAAAAAAAUAUACUCUUUCUGUGUAGUUCAACCAUGACAUGUUAGGUGAUCGAACUAUUUAUUAAGCUCUAUUCAAAUUGGCACCAAAAGAAGAUUUAUACAUUCUAUUAAAUUUUAAUGGUCUAAAAAAGAAAAAAGUUUAUUAGUUGGAAGAGAGUGACAUACCUCCAAUAUAGAGGAAAAUUAAGUAAAUGAGAUAUUUUGUGUUCUAAUAACUUAAUUUUUGAAAGAGGGGAGUUUUUUUAGGGAGGCUUAGAUAGUAAAAGGGGAAGCAAUGGAGAAGGCAAUGGCAAAAGUCGGAAGUUUUUGGAUAUCAAAGAAAGCAAAGCAAGGGAUCACCAGUAUCACGGCUGAAUUUUCAUCAUUCUCCAAUGCUAUAGAGGGCAAGGCAAAAUCGACAUUUGAGAAGAUUAAAGGGAAGCCGCAGAAAUCACUGCCGGAGCUACUCCGAGAGCACAAUCUUCCGGCAGGAUUGUUCCCAAAGAACAUAAUCUGCUACGAAUUGGAGGAAUCGAAGGCAAGGCUGGUGGUGCAUUUAGCGUCGGCGUGUGAGGUUAGCUUCAAGGACUCGUCAAUCGUGAGAUACGCUACUCGCGUCAAGGCAACGCUGUCGGAAGGGAAAUUGAGUUCGGUUGAAGGAAUGAAGACCAAAAUUGUGGUGUGGACCAAAGUCACCGCCGUCUCCGUCGAGAGUUAUAAGUCGGAGAAGGUCUGCUUUGUCGCCGGAAUCAAGAAAUCGCGGCUCAAAGAAGCCUAUGAAAUGCCUCGUCAAGCUGUCAGGGUUAACGAUUUCUGAAUGUACGGCUAAUUUUGGUUUAUGACCCUGAAAUUAUCUGUUAAUUAUACAACAUUUAUAUUUCCUCUUUUUUUUUUUCUUUUUGGAAUAUUAUGAUUUUCAAAAAUAUAAAAA